CUCACGCCGUACGUGCGUGGACGCUUCCGGAACUUCACUAGCAGAAACAGCAAAAUAAAAGAUGUUGGUCCUGGUGUUAGGUGACCUGCACAUCCCCCACCGGUGCAACACUCUUCCAGCUAAGUUCAAGAAGCUGUUGGUCCCAGGGAAGAUCCAGCACAUUCUCUGCACAGGCAACCUCUGCACCAAGGAGAGCUAUGACUACUUGAAGACCCUAGCUGGGGAUGUCCACAUUGUCAGAGGGGACUUUGACGAGAACCUCAACUACCCAGAGCAGAAGGUGGUAACAGUGGGUCAGUUUAAGAUUGGUCUGAUCCACGGCCACCAGGUGAUCCCAUGGGGUGACAUGGCCAGCCUGGCACUGCUCCAGAGGCAGCUUGACGUUGACAUCCUCAUCUCCGGGCACACCCACAAGUUCGAGGCCUUUGAGAAUGAAAACAAGUUCUACAUCAACCCUGGCUCGGCCACUGGGGCCUACAACGCACUGGAGAGCAACAUCAUCCCCUCUUUUGUACUAAUGGACAUCCAGGCGUCGACGGUGGUGACAUACGUCUACCAGCUCAUCGGUGACGACGUCAAAGUGGAAAGAAUCGAGUACAAGAAAUCUUAAAAGCCGGUCAGAGUAGAGAGAAAGAGAGAGAGCUAUGGGUGGGUGGGUGGGAGGGUGGGGUGUGUAGGGGGGGGUGAGGAAAAGUAGAAUAUCCUUGUUGGCAAAGAGCAUCUUUUCAUUCCUUUUCCACCGGUGGCUGCAGCCCGUCACCGCACUGCUAAUGCUUUAUCAAACUGUUUGCUAACUUAACUCUAAAAGAAGUAUGUAUAAUAUCACGUAUACACCGUUAGCGUUAACUUGUGUCCGAGCUCUGAUUUGGUAACUGCAGUAACGUCAUGUGUUUGCUAUCUAAAGAAAUAUUUUGUGCCAUUUUUUUUUUUGGUUUCCUUCCUUCCUUUUUUUUACCCCUUACCCCCAUGUCACAUUUAUUUCUACUGUAAGUAAAAACAACACCCAGGCCUCUAGCUUCUAACUGUGGCCCUUCUGUCAAUAGUAUCUGUCCCAAAAUAAAUUUCUAAUUUCACUCCA